UGCUUCAGUGGUCAACGAAGAAAAAGAACAAGGAAGCGGGCGGUCUUGUUGUUGUCAGUUGCAGAACGCAGCACUACUGCUGUGAAAAUGCGUAUCGAGAAAUGUUAUUUUUGCUCGGGUCCGGUGUACCCAGGACAUGGAGUUAUGUUUGUGCGGAAUGAUUGCAAGACAUUCAAAUUCUGCAAAUCAAAAUGUCAUAAGAAUUUCAAGAAGAAGCGCAACCCCAGAAAGACCAGAUGGACCAAAGCAUUCAGAAAGGCAACUGGAAAGGAAUUGACAGUGGAUAACGCUUUGGAGUUUGAGAAACGCAGAAAUAUACCUGUUAAAUAUAACAGAGAGAUGUGGGACAAGACAGUGAAUGCAAUGAAGAGAGUGGAAGAAAUCAAACGGAAACGCCAGGCAAGAUUUAUCAUGAACAGAUUAAAGAAGGGCAAAGUAUUGGAGAAGGAAGAGGACAUCAAGGAAGUGAAGAAGAAUAUUCACCUUAUCAAGGCCCCACAUGCCGGAAAUGCCAAGAAAAUGGAAGAGAAAAUGUUGCAGAAAUUACAAGAAGACGUGGACAUGGCGGGUGAAGAUGAUUAACUUUUUUGUCAAGACAUCGUACUGUGGCUUUGAACGGACUCUGCAUUUGUUUGGGAAUCAAUAGUUGUAAAUGUGUUUUGGCAAACUGCAGUUCUAUCAGUUUUAAGUGAUAUAAAGCAGCUUUAAACCUCUCCGCAGGUUUUUGUGUGCGCCUUUUCCACUAAUAUUGUAUCAUUUUACAUACCACCAUUAAGGCAGAAAAGGCCUCAAAUAAAUGUUUUUUCCUAUCACAA